CGCAAUUUAGUCCGAUUUUAUACACUUAAGUUUUUAUAUGGAAACGAAAGCGUUUUGGUGACCUAAAAGCGUAAAAUCGUAAGUUUUUAAGUUUUAAAGCGCGAUUUUGACUGCAUUGAUUAUAAUGGAACCGAACCAACUAACAUUACUCAUUUUUAAACUAUUUUUCCCCGAAAUAUUAUUCCAAAAAAAAAAAGUGAAGAGUAUUCAAAUAAGCUACGGUCAUGAAUUCCCUCUUCAUCUUAUUGGCUAACGGUUUAGUUCCUUUCACACCGUUUCGACGGCAACUAUAUAUAAUUGCACCUCAACCCUCCCCCGUUCCACUUCCACCACGUGUACGUCUUCUGGAGCUUUAUUUCUGCCCGCAACUUGUUCAUUUUACCAUGUCCAUGAAACCGUACCGGAAAAGUUAGUGGUAUGGUAUUUUAUGGCAAAACCGUGGUUUAACCAUAGUUCAACCGUUAAUAUCGUUAAAUAUCGUCUAUCGGUUUAACCUCCGAUACUAGUAUUUUGUGCUUGAACCGGCGGUACGAUAUGGUUUCAUGGACCAUGCAUUUUACUAGCUCGCAGUUUGGCGAGAAGCUUACCUUCUCAAUUAUGUGCCUCCGCCCAGUUUUUUGGACUUUUCCGUUUUAGGCCAAUUAGACUAAAUCGACCACCCAAUCAUUACCAAAAUUGAUCCACAUCGGUUAUACUACCAAUUUAAAAUCUAUAAUCUACCUCAGCCUUUAAUUUGAUCCAUGGAGCUGUUUGGUGUUGGGUAGUGGGAAAGAUUUGGAAGGAGCGAAAUGUCAGAAUUUUUGAUUCAAAAGAACGGACUAGUCAGAUGCUUGUUCAAGAUAUUCGAGAGGAAGUAUACUUGUAUAGUCUAUGUAAUGACCUAAUGUUGCCUACCAGUGGAUUGUGCUUGUGCUGGAGGUGAGUAGUGAUAGUAGUUACCAUGUAAGUAUGGAUCAGUUGUAUUUUCAAGGCCUUGAUCAAUUUGAUCAAGCGGAGCUAUAUAAAGUUGCCACAGAAAAAAAAAUUGAUCCACACGACAUAAGUCAAUUUGAUCUAAACCGUAAAAUAUUACAGCCAAAAAAAUAGCAAUUACCCAAUUAUCAUUCAAUCCCGUCCACAAGUUCCCUGAUCUCGAGCUAACUACUCUUUUCUUAGAUGAUUAAACUCGAACCAAUUCAAUAUUAUAGGAAUUUAGGCCGACAUUUGACUGUAAACAAAUACACACAGAGAUCCAAGUUUACUAUAGCGUUACAUUCCUCCAACUGGACUCAUAUUGUCGUAGUCGUGCGUCGUAAUAUAAUAACAUAAUCAAUUUACAGCCAAACCAUCCAAAUCCAACUCCCCUUCGCCUGCAUGCUCUCUUCCAAUAACAACAAUAUUCUUCUUUCUGCUCUCUCGAUCGAUCUAUAAAUACCACGCAGGCCAACCUCCACAUUCCCAUCAAUCAUCUUCAUCUCAACCUCCAAACAAAAACCCAUAAUUUCUACCAACUUCGCUCUGUUCCCAUUCCUUUGAGAAAGAUAGAUAAUUUCAAUAUAGUGCGCAAUAUUCCUCAUCACUACGACAAACCCAUGGCCAGGAGUCUCAGGUCCACAACGUGCAGCUUCCUCUUCGUGAUGCUGAUUCUUCUCCUGCCUUUAUUCACAGCACAAGCAGCACGCCCUCUCGUGGAAGCUGCUGCGGCGGAGGUACCGUCGACGACACCACCAGCGCCACUCCGGCGGGAUAAUGUGAAGGAAGGAGUCAAAGGGUCGUCUCUGAUGAUAGGCAUAAGCCGCGUCACUUUCUCCGGUCCCAGCCCCGGCGAAGGACACUGAUGAUGAAGCAGCUGGCAAAUGCCAUGCAAAAAAUGGGGAAUUUUUUC